AUAGUAAACGAGUAUAUCCAACGAGUUAAAGUGAAAGGAAAUGUUAGUGUACGCACACGCUGGGUCCAUAGUAAACGUUAUAUUAGUGUCUCGCUGUAUUUCUGGUAAUUAUUGCAGCUGUGUAUACCCGUUUCAACUAGGUAUUUCUCAAACAACAAUACCUACAUUUUCUGAACAAUGGUGCUCAAACUGUACGCGGUGUGUGACGGGCCGCCAUCUUUGUCGGUACGUCAAGCGUUGGCCAAGCUAGAGUUGCCUUUCGAAUUGGUCGAGGUGGACUAUUGUACAGGAGCUCACAUGACAUCCGAAUAUGCAUUGAUGAAUCCUCAAAAAGAAAUACCGGUGUUGGACGACGAUGGAUUCUACCUGAGCGAGAGCAACGCCAUACUGCAGUACCUCUGUGACAAAUAUAGGCCCGGCACGCCUUUAUACCCAGUGGAUUCUAAGAUAAGAGCCAUUAUAAAUCACCGACUGUGCUUCAAUUUAUCAACAUACUACGCCAAUAUCAGUGCAUAUACGAUGGCACCAAUAUUCUUUGAUUACGAACGCAGCCCAUUAGGUCUGAAGAAAGUCCAUAUGGCGAUGGAUGUUUUUGAAACUUACUUAGAACGUCUGGGGACGAGCUAUGCUGCAGCAAAUCAUGUCACCAUCGCAGAUUUCCCACUUAUUAACUCCACGAUGACACUUGAAGCUAUUGAUUUUGAUAUCUCAAAAUACAAAAGAAUUAAUAAAUGGUAUAAUGAUUUUAAACAAAACUAUCCAGACUUAUGGAAGAUUUCUGAGGAAGCAAUGAAGAUAAUCCAACAUUUUGCUGCAAAUCCUCCCGAUUUAUCCGGUCUGAAUCAUCCUAUCCACCCAAUACGUAAAGUUAAAAAAUAGAGAUAUAUUAAAAUAACGCAUUUAUUUCUUUAUACAACAACACAAUAAUUGUACAUCAAAAUAAUGAACUAAUACAUAAACUGAAUUUAACAUUUAUUGUUUGUACUUAUUUCAAAUAAUAAAUUUAACUUUACAAUCGCU